AACAGCUGAUAGUGUGUUUUCUUCAGUCUGAUUUAGGACCAAAGCAAAUUUAUUUCCCCAACAUCUUUUGUUGCUGCAUACAAAAAAUAGCCGCGACCUGCUCCAACUGAGGCAUAGAUGAUAGGACCAAAUCUGUCUGCGAGGAGGGGCAGUUAGCAAUCAACAUGGAGACCACCGCACCACCGAGAGAAACACAGAAGAAUACGAAUCCAAUUGAGGCGCUGAGCAAAGAUGAAAUCAUCAGCAAAUACAAGGGCUUGCUCAACAUAGCCAAGAAGGCCAAGCAGGCCAAGGAUGAACUGACCGAGGAGAACCGCCUGCUGAAGGAAGCCCUAAAGCGGGCGGCGGAAAAGCAGAGCAGCCUUCCAGCCAUGCAGGAAAUGGUCCAGGAGUUCACGGAGAAGAACCUGAUCCUCACCGAGCAAGUUAACACCCUGAAGCGAAAGACCAAGGAGGAUAGCGACCGGCUAGAGCAAUUCGAGAUCGAAAACGAGAGCCUGAAGCGGCAGCUCGGGCGACUGAGUGACGAAAACGAUGACCUUUUGGCCGACGUGGACCGCAUGGAGAAGGCGAUGCAGCAGGUCAAUGCCCUGGGCAAUGAACAGCGAAAGAACUUGGAACUGCUGGAGGUAGACAUUGCCAAAAUCAAGGAAGCGGAGGCAGAGAACUCUCGCCUCCGAGAGCAACUAGUCACGGUAAACGAGGAGUCAACACUUAUGCAGAAGAAGUAUCAGAGCAUGAAGGAGCUCAACUCCGAGCAGCGCAAAAAGUUCAACUCCUUAAAGGAUCGCUUCAUCGACGUUCACCGCAAGCUUAAGAAUCUGAAGGAGUGCAAGUGCGUGCUACUAGAGACACAGCACGAGUACGCCGCCUCCGUCUCCAAGUGGCAGGCGGAGAUCAUCAGGGCUUCCCAGCUCCUGUGUGGCAAGAUGUCUUCUCUGCAGGCCGAGAAUGAGCAGCUGAAGCAGGACACCGAAAAAGCGGAAAGUAAUCGUCGCAAUGACGAAUAUGCCCUAGAUCGCAAGAAACUGCUGCUCAGAAUCAAAGACCUCGAGCGCCUGUCCAAAACGAUUAAGCAGUCACAGGAGCACCAGCGCAGCAAUCUCGAUGUACAACGUCUUUGGGACAGAUUAAGUACCAUUGAAAAGCUGGCAGGAGUCGUAAAAGAACAGCAGAGAGCGGACAAGGAGCACUUGGCCGUCGUAACGAGGCAGCAGCAGAAGAACGAAAAUCAUUCCAACAACCUAAAUGUGUCCGUCUUCCAGGCCAAACUCUCCCAAAUGCAAGGCCUCGUCCAAGUCAUCGAAAAGGAGCGCAGUAAUCAACAGAUUCAGCUGCAGGAUCUGGAGGCCAUCUGCAUAGAAUUGCGUCAACACAACGAGGACUUGCUCACGCGCUUCCACCUCAAAGAGCAGGAGCAUUCCGAGUUGCUGGCCGAAAUGCGUGAGCUGAACGAGGCGUUAAAGGGACGCGGCGAUGCCAUCUCCCGCCUCCAGGAGCAGCACGAAGCACAGGUUAAGCGGCAGCAAGAACUAGAGGCUCAAUUGUCCGGGAGUCAGCAGGCGACGCUGGAUAAGUUACAGAUAAUAGAGCAACUCCAGAGCAGGGUUGACGAACUAGAGCAGGUUAAUGCCGAUGCUCAAAGUGAUGUACUGUCCACAUCGACGAUAUCACGGGCCGAGGAAGUGAGUCGCCUACGAGAAGUGGACGAAGGCUACGAGGAGAAAUACCACAAACUCAGGGCCCUGGCUGCGAAACUGAAAAAGAAGCUGCAGGAGCAGACACAGCAACUUAAGGAGAUGGAUGAGAGUGGAGCCAUCAAUCAGGAGGCCCUGAAAUUGGCCCAGGCGCAACUGCAGCAGGACCUGAACGCGGCGCGCGCUGAGAACCAAAAGCUCAAAUCAAAGGAGAAGACGAAGAACUCGAGUGUGCUGAAUCUAGAGAUCGAAGCAGCCGAGAAAUCUCUGGCAGAUGUCAGUGCCAAGUUGACAGCUAAGUCAAGUGAGUUGGAAACGGUACGAGAAUCGUUAUCUAGCAAAGAAAACACCAUUAUCCAGCUGCGCAAAGAAAUUGCCAUUUUGGAGGAGGCCAAAAACGGAGAAGCUACGCAUUCCCAACAGUUAAAAGAGCAGAUCGAUCGCAUGCAGGUACAGGUCAAGGACGCCGUUCACAGCAAGCAGCAGGCACUCACCAAGAACAAGGAUUUGGAGCAGAGUGUAGAAAAGGCCAAGGCGGAAGCGGAUCAAUUACGUCUGCAGCUGGCGGAAAGCGCCCAGCAGUACGAGAGCCGGCUAAACAAGUCCACCGACCUGCUGACCAGUCGAACCGAGGAGCUGGAGGCGCAAUUGGCAAGCAAAAAGCAGCUUAAGCUGGCAGUUCGAAACGCAGAGCGAGCCCAUGAGGAUCUGCAAAUGGAGUACACGGAAUACAAGUUAAAGGCGCAAGCGGUUCUGCGAAAGAACCAAAAUAAGGGCACCAAAGAGCAGGAGCUGGAGGAUGAGUUGAGCGCCCUGAGGGAGAGCGAAAGUAAACUGCGGGUCAGCAACGAAGGAAGAGCUGAACGCCUUGCCCAGUUGGACGGCCAGCUCGAGGCACUGCAGCAGGACAAUGCUGAGCUUCAGAAGCGUAGCAAGGAGCUGCUGGCACUAGUGGACGAAUUGCGCCAGAAGAACGAUCUGCUGACACUGGACAAUCAGCGCCAGCUGCAGUUCGAGCACGACCUUAUGCAGCAACAUCGCCAGGGAAUCGAUAAACUAGACGCUAGUUAUCAGGAGCAAUUAAAGCAGAUGCAGCAAAAGGUGGAAGAGUCCCAGCAGAAGCAGCAGCUCAACGUCUCCCAGCGCAGCAACACAUCCGCCGUAAGUGGUGAGCCCAGUCCGGAGCAGGCCAAGAUUGACUUCUUGCUCAUGGACCACGAAACGAAUUUGGAUGGCGUUGCUGGAGCUGAUAUCUCCCUGGCCCAACUGGCAGCCCAGCGAAAAAUAUCCACUGCCUCGAGACGAUCACACGACUUUAUGCCUCUUGAUGAGCUCCUCAACACUUCCAUGAACCAAAUAACCAGUGACACAGUGACUACCAUAUCUAACUUUGGCCGCAGCGUCUCUCAGCAGGAGGACGAUGAAGCGGACUUGACCGCAAGCGGAGAAUUUGCCGUCCAAAAUGCCCAAUUCCAGGCCACCAAGGAACGGUUGGUAAUCCAGGAAAGCCGCGUCAAGCACUUGACUUCCCUUUUGGCAGAGAACGAACAGGAUCUGGCCAAACUGACCCAAAUGAAUGAUAUGCUUAAGGAGGAACUGCGCCGCCAAGAGCGUUCAGAGGAACGGGAACAGCAUAUGCAUAAUUCGGAGUAUUUGAAGAACGUUUUCUUAAAGUUCCUUACCCUUAACAAUGCGGAUGAACGUCAACGCUUGGUCCCCGUCCUGAAUACCAUUCUCCGAUUGAGUCGCAACGAGAUGGAGAUGCUGAACUGUGUGGCAAAGGGUCAGAAAGUUUCCUCAGAUGGCACCAGUCGAGGCUGGACGGGAUUCCUGACCGCGUGGAGCGGAGGAGGCGGCGGAUCCAAUAACAAUAACUGAUUGUCGUCAUCAUAGAGAUAAAUGCAUAAUAUUUGGGUAUUAGAUGUUUUAACAUGUGGAUGCAUUAUGUAAAUCUUGUAAAAUUUCCUUUUUGUAUUAAUGUAUUUUGAAAUUGUCCGUUGCUGUUGGGCACACCGUACUUUGUACACACUUGUGGCAUUUGUUGAUAUUCUCCGAGUUGAUCGCCCUAUACAGUACUCUCUGAGCAAUA